AUGAAUUUCAGUCAACCUGGAAUGAUUGAACAUUCAGACUUCUGUUACGAGGCUGUGAAUAGAUCUUGCCUGAAGAUCACCUACCCAAUAGUGAUACGGAUUUCACUGUAUAUUUUCCUCAUCACAAUCAUUGUUUUAACUAUCUGUGGCAACAUCCUUGUCAUAAUCUCCAUCACUCACUUCAAACAGCUGCAAACUCCAACCAACUACCUCAUCCUCUCUCUGGCAGUGACCGACUUCCUCCUGGCAGUAGUCAACAUGCCUCCUAGCAUGGUGCGCACAAUUGAGACAUGCUGGUACUUUGGUGACAUGUUCUGUAAGAUCCAUUCAAGUACAGAGGUAAUGCUCUGCACUGUAUCCAUUUUAAAUCUUUCUUUCAUUUCCAUUGAUCGAUAUUAUGCAGUUUGUCAGCCCCUACACUACCAGACCAAGAUCACUACUUGUGCCACAGUGAUCAUGAUAAUGGUCAGCUGGAGUGUUUCUGCCUGUGUUGGCUUUGGGAUGGUGUUUCUGGAACUGAACAUUUUGGGCACUGAAGAGUUUUAUUACAAUAAUGUUGCUUGUGUAGGAGGCUGUGUUCUGUUUCAGACCCAGGCAUCAAGUGCAAUAUCUUCCAUUCUCUCUUUUUACAUCCCUGGGUUCAUUAUGCUGGUCAUAUAUCAGAAAAUCUUCCAUGUUGCACAGAAGCAAGCCCGUUCUAUUCACAGCAUUGCCUGUAACAAUGUGCAAUCUGAAAACAGAAAAAUGGAGCGAAAGGCUACAAAGACCCUGGCCAUUGUUAUGGGGGUUUUCCUGUCAUGCUGGUUACCUUUUUUUAUCUGUAACAUAAUAGAUCCAAUGAUCAGUUAUUCUGUUCCACCUGUUUUGUUUGACACAUUUUUCUGGCUUGGCUAUUUCAAUUCAACGAGUAACCCUAUUGUUUAUGCUUUGUUUUACAAUUGGUUUCGGAAAGCCUUCAAAAUUAUAAUUUUUGGCAAAAUAUUUCAAGCUCAUUCCUCAAGAACAAAACUGUCCUCAGACUGA